AUGCUCAACGCCUCGGCAGUCCUAUCCAAACCGUCGUUAGACAUUCUGUCCCGAGAAGAAGUCCUACCGAUCAGCAACUCACAGUACUCUUCCGACUUCGCAAAAUCUGUCUACAACCUGCUCUCCGCAUUCCCUCCUGCAGCGGACCCAAUCGCAAUCUUACGUCCUAACAUACGGCAGCUGCCCCCUGGCAAGGCGAAACGUAUCCUUGUUACUGGUGGCGCCGGCUUCGUUGGCUCGCACUUGGUUGACGCAUUACUAUUGAUGGGGCAUUCUGUCAUAGCCCUCGACAAUUUUGUGACCGGCAAUCGGGAAAAUCUUGCACAUUGGGAAGGGUAUAAGGAUUUUCAGCUGGUAGACCACGACGUUGCACUGCCGUUCAUCGCCGACGUCGACGAAAUUUUCCACCUGGCCUGCCCAGCCUCUCCGCCUCACUAUCAGCGCGACCCCGUCUUUACAAUCAAUACAUGUACCACAGGCACCAUGAAUAUGCUAAAGCUUGCAAAAGAUACGGGAGCGCGGUUUCUUCUAGCAUCUACGUCAGAGGUGUAUGGAGAUCCUUUGGAGCAUCCUCAGAAAGAGACGUAUUGGGGGAACGUCAAUCCGAUUGGUCCACGUGCAUGCUACGACGAGGGCAAACGCAUUGCGGAGACCCUUACCUACGCUUUCGCUGGAUCGCAGAACGUUGAUGUCCGCGUGGUUAGGAUUUUCAACACAUUCGGGCCGCGUAUGGACCCCGACGACGGGCGAGUUGUUUCGAACUUCAUCAUCCAGGCGUUGCGCGGAACCAACAUUACCAUCUACGGAGAUGGGAGUCAGACGCGAAGCUUUCAAUACGUCCCUGACCUUGUCGCCGGGCUGAUAGCUGUCAUGGGCGGCAACUGCGUGGACCCCAUCAACCUGGGCAAUCCCCACGAAUACACUGUUAAGCAACUUGGGGAUAUGAUUCGAGAGAACAUUAACACGAAAGUCGGGAUCCGAUGCCUUCCGGCGGUGGUGGAUGACCCGCAACGUCGUCAGCCGGAUAUCACACGGGCUCGAAAGGAGGUCGGAUGGCAACCCCGCUACCUGUUGCAGGACGGGCUUCAGGAAACGAUUAAAUACUUUGCGAAGAAAUUGGCUGCUACACAGUGA